AUGGCUUCCAAAGCAAUAAUGUGGUUGAUGAUAGUAUUGUUACUCCACUUAAACUGCAAAGGCAGCUUGGCUUUUGAUUCAAACCUCUCAAUGGAAGAAGAAUUGGAAUUCGAAAUGCAACUCAAACUUCUCAACAAGCCAUCCAUUACAACGUUUCAGACCGAAGAGGGAGAUAUCAUUGAUUGUGUCGACAUCAAUAAACAACCGGCACUCGAUCAUCCUUUACUAAAAAAUCACAAAGUUCAGGUGGCUUCUGUUGCUAUGAAGAGAGGUAAGAAAUAUUAUGGAGAUGCUAGAAGUGUGUCGGUAUACAAUUUGAGUGUGGCUCAAGAUCAAUCUUCUUCUUCUAACAUAUGGAUAAUUGGUGGACCUCCUGAAGCUCCCAAUGUAAUACUGACCGGCUGGCAGGUAAAUCCAAUGAUCAACGGUGAUAGUCGCACUAGAAUGUUUGUGUAUUGGACGGCUGAUGGAGGUAUUCACACCGGAUACUACAACAUGUUUUGUCGAUGUUUUAUACAAACAAAUCCAAGUACUCCUCCUAAUAUCCCCCUUUACCCAUCGUCUACCUAUCAAGGGAAACAAUAUGACUAUACAUUUACGGUUUUUCAGGAUCGACCAACGGGGGAUUGGUGGCUUGCAGUGAGUGAUAGCCAAACAACAAUAGGGUAUUGGCCAAAGGAACUGUUUGGACAUCUGAAUGAUGGGGCCGAGCAAGUGGCAUGGGGAGGCAUUGCAAAGCCUUCACCAAAUGGAAUGAGCCCUCCAUUGGGCAAUGGCCACAAGCCAAAUUAUGGUAAGCACGACGACGCUUGCUAUUUCAGAACGUUGAACUACAUAAAUGAAAACAACGAAAGCGAAGUUUCUGCUAUUGAGAAUACAGCGAGUUAUAUUUUUGUCCUUCCUUCUUCUCCGGUCGUUUCUACCUGCAUUCGUCUCCGGCUGACAUCUCCGGCUACCUUCAUCUCCGGCCGCCUCCGUUUUUCUCCGUCGUCACAGCAGUUCGUCUCCGUUUAUCCCGAUUGA